CACCUCGUACGUUUGUGUUUGACUGAGCGGUCAAUUUUUAGGCUACUAAAAGGCGAGAAUGGAUUAAAGUGUAUAUUCAUUGAUUAUUAUACUUAAGGGAAAGCAGGAAUGGGCCUUCAUGGGUUUAUUUAAUCAAGUACCAUCGACCAUAAUGUGACAUUCACUUUUGUUUGUUUAAAGAAUGGUUGAAUAGACAAAAAAUUACAGUUUUGUGAGGUAAGAAAGAUGGUUUGUUUUGAAUUUUCAUUUUUCUUUGCCACCGGAGGCGGAACCAAGUUAAAAACUUGCAGGCAAAGCACCAUUAUACUAUACAAAUUUCAAAUUAUGCUUAACUUAUGCGGCUUAUGCGGAAUAUUAAUAUUUAAACUAUACUAUAAAUUAAACAAUCAUGAAAUAUUGUAUUUAAUACUUUGCUAAAUGAGAUUCAUAAAAAUACUGACUGCAAGUGCUUUUGGUGCUUAAUAAUUUCUUUUACUUUACAUUUUAAAAAAUAAUAGACCCUAUUUUAAUUAGUUUUAAUAAUUAAAUUUACUGACCUAACAUUAGCAGCUAGAUUCUAGAAGAUUUUUGAAUAAUCAACAAUAAUCAUUGACUUAACUGAAACUAAAGCCACACUUAGGCUUAGGAAGGGAAGUGGGGGUGGUGUCAUACAUAAGUAAAAAAAGUUGUGAAGGGUGUGAUAAAAGUGUCUUAAUUUGUGUUGAAAAUUUGUGAUGAUAUUGGGGGAGGGUGUAGAUGUAAAAAAAUGGUGUGACAUCAUUCAUGGAUGGCCCCAAACCAGAAGUUAAAAAGAUGUAUUUAAAUUCACUAGAACAACUGAAUUAUUUAACUCAUCAUGUCUAACAACAGAUAGUCAAAUAGUGUUCCCAAAGACUGAAUACAUUUUCAUUAGUCACAACUGCACAGAAAAGUGUUCACGAUGGAUGCUGGGACAAGCAGUGGUGUUAAGCGUCAUUCCUCAAGAAUUGGAGAACAGCGAAAGUAUCCUGGGUCUGGUCAAAAGCCUACAUCCAGGCGCUCAUUCCGCACACCUGUUCAAACUGUGCCUCUUAAAUCAGAUGGGAUCAGACCGGAAAGAUCAGCCAGCAAAUCUUUUGUGUUAAUACCAGAUCAAAAUGAAAAAGAAACUCCAAGAUCUUUGGUAAGGAUUAUGAAAUUAUGGUGGUUUUAAUUAGAUGUUUAUUUAAUUAUAGGAAGUAAUUAACAUUUUCUAAUAGAAAGCUUCUAGCUCCAGCAAACCGUAUUGAAAGAAAAUCUAUAUGAACACUUGGGAAGCCUUAAAAUGUUGGCCUCCUUUGUGAGGGCUGCUGAAGUCAACAUCUGAUAGAAUGAAGCAGAAGAUAUACAGUUACAAUUUUAAUCUGCAUUUCAUUAUGCUAAAAAAAAAACAACACAGACUUAAAAGAAGUUGGUUGAUUUUUUUUUUUCCUUUGUUAGCUAUUUAUUUAUUUGUUACCUAUUUAUUUAUUUGUUACCUAUUUAUUUACAGAUUCAAGGGUUUUUGGCAGAUUCCAAAACACAGUCACUAACACAUGUCAAUAAGAAAAGUAAGCUUUCACUGACACCAGUUGAAAAAGGCAGUACAUUUAAGGUGCCACGGCUAACAGAUAUGGUAUUAAGGAAUCAAACUCAAGCCCUACCCACAGCUCCUGCCACAACACCUAGCAUCAAGUACACACCCCGCACUAACAUCUGGAACCUGCUUAUGGAUGGUAAUUUUUAAUAUUUAUUUUCCUUCAAGUUUCUGUGUUUUAUUUUACAUGCCUUAUAACUGAAAAAUUAGUGCACUCUAAUCACUAUAUAUAUUACUGUCUUGCCAUACUGAGGAGAAAAUGAGUAAUUUCAAUAUGUAAAUUCUCCAGAUUUAUCGAUAUCUUCAGGUAGAGAAAGGGUAAGGUAGAAAGAGUAACAUUAUGUGCCAAAUUUCAGGAAAAAAAUAAAAUUCCAAUAUAAUUUUUAGUCUAACAACAGUGCUCUGACAAGCUAGGUCUAACCCUGGGAAAAGAUUUGAAAUGUAUCUGAAUAUGCUUUUCUUUAAUAGUUUGACUUGAAUAAAACAAAUACCUUGAUUUGUAUGUUACUCAAAAACUGAUAAAUUUAACAUAUUUUUUGUUGUUGUUUAUGCCAACUAUUUUUGUCCAAUUUUUUCUGCCAAGUUUAUUCUUCAUAAACUACCCAGUUACCUUUGCGUCUAUUGACUGUGAUUGCCAUAUACCAAAAUUUUAUCCCGUGCUUUUGUUUAAUUUCUAUGUGUUCACCGGGUCAUCCUUAAAUAUGAAAAGAGACAUGACCUAAAAAAUUAAAUUUGCAUCUGAUACCGGGUACCUGAAAAAACCUGCAGAAAUUAACAAAUGGACAAUAAUCUCAGUGUAUUUAGAAUUUGACUUACCUCCCAUGCCAUCUCCCCCUAUUAUAACAGAUGUAGAAACAACCCAGGCUGACAGAACACAAAGUAUAGAAAAGCCCCAAGCCUCCAAAUCACACUUGUCAGAACUGCAGCAGAGUGACUGGGGGCAGCGUGUGACUCUGUCCCCUCUGUAUGCCUCCCAUCACAGGUAAUGUAACUGGAUCUUUUUUAGCAUCAUCUAUUCAGAACAAACUUAUUUUCACACAGGUGAAGUUAGGGUUGCUGUUGAAGUGUAAUCCUCCGGUUGUUGUAAAUGAAAUGCAAAUUGUUCAUAGGAUUUAAAACUGUAUUUUGCUGUUCUUUUUUUUUCCUCCCAGCAACAGUACACCUGUAACUCAUGAGGAAUCUGUUCUUCAACACACGACAGGGGUUAGAACAAGAAAGAGGUUUAUUUUAGAGCAAGCUGCCAAGGCGCACGCGGCCAAUAAAUUAAGUCGGCAAUCAGCGUCUCAGCCGCUUGGUCAUGAAGAUUUAAGUGGUAAUCUUGGUGUAAAUUCUUCUAAAACCAGUGAAAGAAUUGAAAUCAACGGUAAAUUUGAUCAACUACAUAAAAAACUGGCUGAUAAAAAAAAUAUGUCUGCUGCUGCUCCCACACCAGAGCCCCAGACUGCCGACCUAUCCGUGGCUGUUGAUGAUGAGGAGGCAGAUCAGCCAGCAAUGAAUGAUUCAGAGAAGGUUGAACUAGCUGUAGAAAGGACGAUUAUAGGCUCUGUCUCUGUUGGUCAUGGAUCGUCAACUCUUGAAGCGCCACAUGUUGGUGUUACAACACCGGCAUCGAAGAAGCUACAAUCUUCAGGGCUCUCGCAUGCCAGCAGGGUAAAUAAUGACCCCUCAUCUGAAGCUGUUGAUGACCUGCCAGCCCAGCAACCUGCAACAAGUGUCUAUGACAUCAUUGAAGGUAGCACCAGUGAGGAUGAACAGAACUCUAAAACUACAGGAUCUGUUAAGAAAAGAAUGCCAAAAAGGAAAAGAAGCAGUAGUAGCAUGAAUACGCUUGUAAGAUCAAGAAAAAACUUGAGUCAGCUGACCUCCGACCAGACACAUGAGAUUUCUCCCCCUGCUUCCCCUUUCACAAGAUCUAAACAAAAUAAAACUAACACCAGGGUGAUGACCCCUAGUCGUAACAUCACCGUUGAUGUAACUCAUGCCCUGCGGUCAUCUACACCUGUGCCACGUAAGGGUUUUUUGCACUCUACUAAAGUGCACGAGACUAACUCUUCAUCCUUAUCUAUGGUUGAAAAUAAUUUUAUGGAGUAUUCUGGAGCACCUCACAUUACAGAUUUGUCUCCUAUUCGACCAGACACAAGGUUCCAGAAUCGUAAGGAGCUAGGAGUGCAAGAACAUUUAAUAGAUGAAGUGCCCAGCGACAAGUCCAAGAACCAAGAAGAUAUAGCUCUACAGGUGGCAGGUAGAAAUCAAGACUAUAAUGAAUCAGAUGCCCCUUCUGGGAAUGAGAAUUACAAUGAACCCGAUUCAGCUCAGAGGAAUCAAGAACACACCAUCGCCCAAGACUAUAAUCAAUCAGAUGCCCCAUCUGGGAAUGAGAAUUACAGUGAACCUGAUUCAGCACAGAGUAAUCAAGAACACACCAUCUCCGUUAAGCUGCAAGAACGUGCUCCAAAAGCUCCACAUAAUCAACACGUCAGUGUCAUUGAUGCUGCUACCAGGAGUCAUGAAAAUGGCCCCCAGGAUGUGCCAACACUAAAUAAGGAGCACUCUACAGAUGAUAACAGACUUAGAGACCAUACUGGCAACCUAGAACAGAUGACCCAAGCUGAAGACCACCAGAGCAUGUCUGAAGUUACUAAAGAUUAUAAGAGUAAAAUUGCUGAUGUCACGAAUCCUCAGCAUCAGAAUGAAGGUAAAGACACAUUGAUUUGAAAAUUUAUGGUUUAUUACUGUAAAUAGUGUAAACAAGAGGGGAAUUCCAAAUUAGUAUUUAGAUUAUGAUUUUUAUUCCUUCAUUUCCUUCCUUCAGUUGUCUCUUUGUGAUAAAAUAGAUUAUAAAUGAUUUCAAACUAGGUCAGUUUUACUUCCACUGCCUCAUGCCUGGGUUUAUGUUGCCUGCUUACGGUACUGACUUUCAAAACUCAAUGCUUGAAAUUAAAAGUACCUCCUUACUUAGCAGUUUUUAGAAUACCAUAACCAUUGGCUGGUUUUUACUCUACUUAGAUUAUGAAACUUUUUACUCAGCGUUUGCCUUCUCGGUGUUCUCCAUAAAUAAUUUCCCUAUUAGGCGGAUGAGUCAGUUCACCCAGUGAUUUACCUUGGACAAAGUCCAACAUGCUACUUGUCCAUUGGGAACUAGACAAUGCCACCAUUAUGCCACAGGGCCACCUAUUUCAUUGAAAACUGCAUGUAUGGAAAGCACUUGAUCAAAACUACAAGCCGGCAGAAUAAAUUUAGAAAACAACUUGAUCUGAAAUUUGAUAUAUCAGUAGAGUUCUUUCAGCUUACGGUUAAAGCAUUGAUCGAUCUUGUAGGAAAUCAUACUUCCUUGCAUUAGGAAUAUAAUAUUUGAUUACUAUUACAUGUCAUACAGUUAAAUGUGUUUCUUAAUAUACAGAUGACGUUGACAAAAACUCUCAAGAAGUCAGACAGGGCACCUCACUGGUCAGUAGCUGAGAUUUUUAAAAAUAGAAUAUUUUAAUAGUUAGUUAUUAAUGAGUGUUACAUACAUGUUAUCAUGAAUGAUUAGUUAUUAAUGAGUGUUACAUACAUGUUAUCACGAAUGAUUAGUUAUUAAUGAGUGUUACAUACAUGUUAUCACGAAUGAUUAGUUAUUAAUGAGUGUUACAUACAUGUUAUCACGAAUGAUUAGUUAUUAAUGAGUGUUACAUACAUGUUAUCAUGAAUGAUUAGUUAUUAAUGAGUGUUACAUACAUGUUAUCACGAAUGAUUAGUUAUUAAUGAGUGUUACAUACAUGUUAUCAUGAAUGAUGUGUUUGUGGUGUCGUUUAGGGCAGUCUUUCUUUUUCCGUCUAGAACAUUGUCUAGGAUAGUCCCCCAUCGUUAUGGCCACAGAAACAAUGUCAGUGUCUUAAAAACUAUGUUUAUUUCUCCUAGCCCCCAACAAGGCUGAUGUGUGGUAAAAAUUCAAAUUACCAUGAGACGUUUUAAAGUUCACCUUUCGUUAUUUACUGGCUUCGUAUGCAUGGCAGUCAGAAAUAAUCACUGGUGUUUUGAAUGACUACAUAUAUCUAAAAAUCAUAUAUAUGUUGUCAUAAAAAACGUAGUAUGAGAUCUUUUUUCACCUAAAAAUAUAUAUAUAUUCUAACUAAAUUCCUUUAAAAAAUGAUAGUAACAAUACUAUCAUACAAAUUUAUUGACUCCCGCUAACAAAAUGUGCACACCAAUUGUUUCCAAUCAUCGUGCAUUAGUUUGUGUCCGCGGGUUCAUUUCAUGAUUAAAGAAAGCGUUACAAUUUUUCACUCGCACAACACUAAACACAAGUCACGACACAACAAAACUACCACAAGUAAACUGAUUGACAUUCCCCAAAGUGGUGGUCCGUGGACCGGCGUUGGUCCGCAAGCCCUACGUUGCCAGGUGGCACAACAUUAAACAAAAAACUCUGAAUUUAGUUUUGUGGCCAGUUAAUAGAGUGCUCUCCCAUUGGCUGAUCAUGAAUUAAAACAUAUUUCAUGAUCUAAUUAGGGUAUAAAAAAAAAAGAUAAAAAUAAUUCAUAAAUCUAGCACUGGUCUGUGUUGCAAUAGGAACCUUAUUCAACCAAAGUUAAAAGUUUGAGAAUACACUGACUUAGAGUAAGAAAAGAAAGAAAAAUGUUACAACUACCAAACAACAGACUAAAAUGAUUUAAAUAGCAUCAAUCAUUUAUUGAUGACUUAUCUUUGUGGCAUGAAAUAUAUUUGUAUCUUUAUAUUUUUCAGCCAAGUGAAUCAGCAGAAUAUACUGAACUUCCCAGGUAUGGACAUUUUCUCUUUUUUUUUAUAAAGUGGACUAGGGGAGGUUUUAAAAGAGUUUUUAAAUCUAAAAAUAGAUGAACUCAUAUUAAAUAGGAAUGUUAGUUCAAUAAAUCUAAAUUCAUCAUAAGACUAAAAAGAAUUUCAAAUUAAACUGAUCUGUUAGUUGUCAUCCUUGAAUUUUUCUGAAACGCCAAUUGCAGUUUUCAAGCAAAAUGCAUGCAUUGCACAGUUUAAAAAAAAAAAAAAAUGCAAACUCCAUGGUUCUGGUAAUGUUUCGUUGCUGCAUCCAUGUACUGGCAUCUUUGCAACGGUUGGGGGUAUGAUUUUGCUAUUCUAACAGCUCCUAGCUGAUGCCAGGGCAGCCUUGAAGCUUUCGACCGAUGGUGAUUCAAAACAUAUCAGCUAUUUAUCUUUCAUUUUCUUUUAGUGGUAUCUCUCCCCUGCCUACGCCAGAUUCCAACUUGACAAAUCGAAAGAACAUUUCUGCCAUACAGCUACAACGUAGACAAUCUAAAAACAAAAUCUCAGGUGGAGCUAAACCAAGGUGAAAACACUUUCCAUUUCCAUAGUUCUCUUACAUCCUUUAGAUAAUGUUCAUAUAUUUUUUUUUCUUGUUUGAAAUUCAGUUUUGACCAGGCAGUUAUACUAGGCGUGCAGAAAUUAUAUCAUUAGUACCAACAACUCCAACUUUACUGUAGACUGGUUUAGAAAAAAAUUUUAAAACAGAUGUAUUGAAAAAUAUAUUUCAAUGAAAUAAUUGAUUAGCAUUCACCGUUGGUUGCUGUGUGUGUUGUAUUUUAUUAUUUCACAUCGCUUUUAAUACUGUAUCAAUUCUUAAAAGUCAAACUACGACACAUUCCAUGACUACUCGUGAUCAUAGCAACAAAAAAUUGAAUCUGGUAUUAAAAUAAUGAAUAAAAUUAUAAAAAAGGAGUUAGCUCCCUUGGUCUUGUUUCACACAAGAACUUCAUUCAAAUACUAAGAUAGCAAGAUUACCACUUUUUAUAUAGCAGUUUGUAAACAGCGCGCGGAAUGGCCAGAAUUGGUCAAUACAAGGUUAUCAGUACCGGCCAGAUUUGACAAUACGCAGUUCAAAUAGCCUUAAAAAUGAAAACAUUAACACAUCUUUUCAAACACUUUAAAAUGUUAUUUCCAUUCAAGUUUUAAACGCAAAAUUUAUUUAUAUUUGAAAUGGAAUUAUAAGAGGGUUGUGCUAACGAUGUGAGUAUUUGGCCUGUAUUUCUACAGCAAUGCUAACCAAGAGGACCCUAAAACCAGGAAGCCUAGAAGGAAGCUCACGGCAAAGCCAACUGCUCUUCCAAGAAAAUCUGUCAAAUUUUUUGCAGAAAGGCAUUCCUCAACGAAACUGUCACCAGAUGCAAUUGAUGAAAUUGUCAAAGUGUAUGUAUCUGUUCUUAUACAUUAUGGAAAUUGAUAAUUACCUAUCUGAAGUCUUGUAACUUGUAUAAUAUUUCAAAAAAGAUGUUUUCAGCAAAUUAUAGUGAAUUGUGUAUUUUGCAUUUAUUAAGUGUUUAUAGUUAGGGUCUCUAUUUUUUAAUUUUUUAAAAUAAAUAUUGAACUGACAGACUUUGUAACAUCAUUCUUCAAAUAACUUGUAUUUGCAAUGUACUGACUAGCAUGGUUGGUGUCAUUCGUUUUAUCCUUGGGCCUACCAUUGUAUAAGACGUUGACAAAGUCUUAUCUUGUUAUGGCUCAAAACCUCUUCUCUCAAUGCAGUUUUAGUAUUUAUCAUAUCUUAAACAUCAUAUAUUAUUUUGGACAUUUUAUAGAUGCAAUGUUUUCCAUUAGAUUCAGUGGUACCAAACCUUUUUCAAUGGCUGAGCCCUUUUAAAACUCAAUUGUUAUAAAGAUAAGAUAAGCUACAGUAUUUUAUUUAUUGAUUCAAAUAAUUGGAAAUUUUUUUUUUUUUUUCAUUUUAGUCUUGAAAUUCCUAGGUUGAGCGUUUCGUAAAAUGAGUCUGUAGGAAGAAUUUCGUUGAAUAAUUGUGGGGUAUGACUAACUGUUAAGUUCUCGAGUGGGAAUUAUAAUUUUUAACAUUCUUGGCUUUUUGUUUGAACGGAGUUCACAUUUUCUUCUUCCAAGAUCAUGGGCACUCAUGUCUGUCGGCAGUUUGUCUUGGAUGGUUGUCAUAUGCCAGAAAAGGUGAUUAGGAAUGGGAAAAAAAAUGAAUGGUGUGAAGCAAAAAGAUACCAGAUAAGCGAAUCAGUUAACCUGACAUGUCUCAAGACACACUCUGAGGAGCAGGGCCAUGGGAAGGGAGUUAAAGUGGGCACUCACCCUUUGCGCCAAAAUUGUUGUUUCUUGUCUAUAUGUGGCGUUACUCUUUUAUAUAUUUUGGUGGUGUUAUUUUCAGACUUGGUCCAAGGCAUCACUUUUCUCCGGCACUGCCCUCAUAACCAAAUUUUAUUUGAUCUGACUCAUUGUCGAUUGAUUGUGACCUAGGCCUACCCUAUGUAUUACAAGUUAAUAGUGUUUAGGAGCUUCCUGUAGCAGCCACAGACUUGACAGAGCUCCUGAGAAGUGCACACAGCUGAGAACAGGUUGGGAACCACUGCAUUAGAUGAUCAGCUUUGGUAAUCAGUCUGACGUUAUGAUGUCAUUAUGUUGUUUUACUUCUAUUUAUGAAUGCAGAUCUGAAAUUUGGUGGGAUGACACUUUUAAAGCCCUUGAAGCAUAUGCAUUGCAUGCUGGGAGAAAAGUGAUCAAUGAAAAAGAUGUUAUUCUUCUAAUGAAGACGUAAGUACUUUAACUUUUUAUUUAUAUCAUUAUCAUUAUUAUCAUCUUUAUUCAAAAACUUAAGUACUUAUUCCUUCCCGCUGCAGCCGUUACCUCGCUGUCUGUCUCUGAGUUAAUGUAAAGAUGGGAAUCGUUGCAUCAAAGGGAAAUUACUGUCACAGUAAAAGUUUACAUCUUCUCAUCCAAUGUUUGAGCACUGGAAUUAGUAAAAACAUUUGUCUGCCCUUUUCAUUGUAAAUGUAAUUCUUUGGUUAGCUCGUAUAUCACUGACUUGAAUAUCUGCACAUAUAUCUAUUUUACAUUGAUUUUCAGUGUUAAAAAGCUCAUGUUCCUACUUGUACAAUACAUGCCAAAACCUGAGGGAUUUUUAAUAUGAUCAUGGCGUUUGGAGUGUUGUUUUUUCAUGACAUUCACAGACACAUUCUUCCACUUCCACCCAAACCAGCAGAGACCCUAUGACAGUGCUGUCCAACAUUUUUUUUUUACAUUCACUGGAGGGCCUCAAAUCACAUCUCAAAAGAAAAUUAUUCCCAUUAUUAAUAGGUACUUCUUAACUUAUGCAUAAAGUAUGAUAAAAAGUCAACUAUCCAAUAGCAUUAUUGGCUCAUCAAGGAUAAAAUUAUAAAGCGAAUAAAAACUGUACCAAUAGCCCUUUUUAAUGAUAUAUUUUGCUUUGAAUUGUACUAGCAAUUUUCUUAAUUCGCGGUAGUUAUCAGUAGCACCUGCGAGCAUUAGAUUUUUAAUGUUCACCAGUCAAAGCGUAACAUUUUUAGGAAUUGAUGUUGGUCAUUACACAGAAUUCAGCUUCACUGUCGACGGUGCUUCCUAAAUCAUGGUCAAAAUUUUUACAUUUCCAUAGUUGAGAAACAUGUUAUCCAGAAUUUAUUUGGCCACACAUUCUUAUGUGUAUUUAAAUUUUAAUAAAUGCUUGUAAGAAUCUUCUUACUGUCUCUCACAAUUCCUUCCUGACUGAAUUGCACUAAUUGCUAACAAUCACAGCUUAUAUUCUGCUUUCUACUCUUUGAACGUCUCGUACUCUGGUCUCUGAAUACCAGGUUUUGUCCCCAAUGUCACAACACUACAGGAUGGAGACACACUCUCCCAUACCUGGCUAGACUACCUGUUUAAAUAACAUGGUGCCAUAAAUGGUUUAAAUUGCCCAUCCUAGUCAUUCUUCUGUGACACCUUUAGUACCGCAGCUCCCAUCUUGAUUACUCUGACCCGAAGACUUUCCUGGCAGUAAUACUCAGCUAUCUAUUUCAUCUAACUUGGUCCCGUUGGUGGGGGUAUAGACAUUUUUACAAUGACCAACUAGCUACACAAGAUACUUUUGGUUUCCCUAUUCAUUUUUCCCCAACGCCAUUAGUAAUUAUACCAGAUACCCUGCGACGCCUCCCCUGUACAAGCAACGGAAAGAAGGAGAAGAUAGUGUCAGAUUUUAUGUCACCCAGGUUCCUAAAAGGUUGCUCUGUUGAUGUGGUUAGGACACCUGCGCUUUUGUGACCUCCCCCUUUUCUGUGUUACAACUUCUCCUGUGCUCUCACUUGAUUUCCCAACAAUAUUAUGUCAAUGUGCUUUGAAAAUAUGUUUACCCUUAAUAAAUGUUUUUUUUGCACACAUAUAAAUUUCUCACCUGCACUGCCCUAUGACCUUCGGUUUUAAGACAUCACACAGUGAUAGGUUUAAGAUGUUUAAUAUUAAUACUGUUGAGAUAAAAUAGUCACUAACUAAUGCCCAAAAAUGGAUAAUUUUAUAGUAUAGUGAGCGAAGUAAUUAUAUAGAAGCACAGCACAGACUUAUAGGCCAGCUUGGCAUUUGUAGAAUACAGGCACUUUUAUCCUCGGUCAUGAACAUGUAUCCAAGAUAACUUAUUACUGUUAUUAGUGUUAUUACCAUUCUGAUUAAGUUAUCAUUAAGUAAAAGAAAAUGAAAUUAAGAAAGGGUAAAUUUAUGUAUGAAAAUUUAUUUUUACAAUUUUACCCCAUAUAUUAAUUAUUUUUGUUGUUGGGAGACUUGUAAAAAUCCUCAGGAAAGACCUCCAAGUUAAAUGCCAUGAAAUAUAUAUUAUACUAUACAUCACCUUCCAAUUCAACCAGACAUAAUGCAAGAAAAUGUUCAUAAGUUUAGUUCACCAAUAAAUAAAGUUAGUCCUAUGCCCUUGAUUAGCUGAAUGUUAACAUCAGUGAACCAGGAUGGAGACCAUCAGUUGGUUUACUUUGUGCAUGAUACAGAUUGUCUCAAGCAUUCUUUUGAUGUUUUCAUCAGAAUUCUAAAACUAAUUAGCUAUGUUGUUUUCUUUACUUUUAGGCAACGGGUGAUAACAGGAACUGAAGACUUGUAUGACAAGAUCAGAGAGUAUCUCCCCAUGGAACUUAGGACUGAGUUGAUUCCCAUUGCAAAAUUUUAAAUUGCAAGACAUUUUUUUUUAUCAUGGUUUCACCCUUUAUAUUAAUUUAAAGACUAACUAUUGAAUAUCAAUGGUCUAAGACUGUACAAAUGAUAUAUGGCAUCCUUCCGUCUUCGCGAGACGAUGGAGUAGCCAUGUAUUCCUACACUUCGACGAGUGGCUCACGAGGCCAAUCCUAUGACAAUCUCGACUGCAUUUCUGGCAGGAGAAUAUUGAUUCCUGGUAAGAUUUUGACUUUCGUAUUAUUCUUUUUGUUGCAAGGGCCUCGUUUCGCAUAUCUUCUGCCUUUUUUACUCCUUCAUACACUGCUGUACAAAUUAUAUGCUGUAGAUAUCAUUGUCAUUGAUCAUCCUAGAUCAAGAUCUGCCAAAGUGUGUUCUGUUGUUUUCUAUCAAAUGUGUUUGUGUUUCAGAGCUAUAAAUAAUGCUUGUGUUCAAAAUAUGGACAUCUCGAAUAUUACCUAUUUAACAUAAAUAGUCAAAUAUUUUUGUGUCCAGGUACAUUAAUUCAUUGCUACCUGAAACCUAAUUAUGUACCAGUAUAAUUAAGUAUUCCAACUGUAGAUUUAGCGGAAAGUGCAGAAUGAUUCUUUUUUUUUAUUUUUUAGAUGAAAAUUUAAAAAAAAUAAGUAUUAUCUACAACUACGGUUUGGGAUAUAGGAAAUUAGACCAUAUUGUGGUAAUAUACAGAUUCUAUUCUCUAAGAAUUAGCAUCACUUUGGACUAAAACCAAAGUUUCUAACCUCAAAUUAUCUUACUUCGUAGUUACCGGUUAUUACAACAUAUUAGCAAGCAAACAUCUUGUUCUUGAUUUAAAAUAUGCCAUCAGUUUUAGGCCUUUAACUUUAAGAAUGAAGUGUUGCAGUAUGCAGUUUAUAUUUUCUGCCUUCCUUACUGGUUUUGAUUGAAUACUGUGUACUGGUACCUUUUGUGAGAUGGGGAAAGUUAAUUUGUUCAAAAGGCUUUUGUAUAUAUUUUUUAAUUUAAAAAAAAAUGCAAAGGUUUUGUUUGAGUCGAGAGUUUUUCAGGAUGAAUUAAUAAACUUAUCAUAUUGGUAUUUUAAUUUCUAUUCACAUACUUUAUAUUUAAUCUAUUUCGGUUAAU